AUGAUGUUUGUCAAAUUUACGACUGACAGUGAUAAGAGGCUACAACAUCUAUUUUGGGUGGAUGGGGAAAGUCAAAUGAACUACAAAGUGUUCGAUGAUAUUGUAGCCUUUGAUGCAACAUACAGAAAAAACAAGUAUUUGUGUCCAUUGGUAAUAUUUUCAGGUGUUAAUCACCACAAUCAGACAAUUGUGUUCGCAACAGGUCUUGUUUCGAAUGAGACGGAAGAGACAUAUGUCUGGCUUCUUGAACAAUUUUUGGAGGUAAUGGGAGGCAAGGCACCAAGUUCAGUUAUAACUGAUGGUGAUUUAGCCAUGAAGAAUGCAAUACGGAGAGUUUUUCCUGAAGCUCAUCAUAGGUUGUGUGCUUGGCAUUUAUUGCGUAAUGCAACAAGUAAUGUCAAUGUUCCGGAAUUCCAUUCAUACUUUAAAAAGUGCAUGUUUGGAGACUAUAGUGUGGGUAAAUUUGAUGAAAUAUGGAGGGAAAUGAUCACUAAAUGUGGGUUGGAAAACAACAAUUGGGUACAAGAUUUGUACCAAAAAAGGAAAAUGUGGGCUACAGCUCUUAUGAGAGGCAAAUUCUUUGCCGGCAUAAGGACUACUUCAAGGUGUGAAGCAUUGCAUUGUCAUAUUGGAAAGUUUGUUCACUCUAGGAUUAGUUUGAAUGAUUUUGUUCAGCAAUUCCAAAGGUGCCUUACAUAUUUCCGCUUUAGGGAAGUGGAAGCCGAUUUUGAAUCCAAUUAUGGUGAGAUGGUGUUGCAGACAACUCUACGAUCCAUUGAGAGGUCUGCAUCAAGAAAAUUCACGAAUUCAAUAUUUUAUCAAUUUCGUGAUGUCCUAAAAAAAUCAUCAUUGACAAGGGUAUUAGACUGCCACGAGAUGUCAACAUACUCGAUUUAUUCGGUGUCUAAGUAUCGUGGUUCUGGUAAAGUGUGGCAUGUUUCAUGUUGUCUGUCGCCCAUUGAAUUAAAAUGUUCCUGUCUAAAGAUGGAAUCUGUGGGGUUUCCUUGUGAACACAUUGUAACUGUACUGGUGUUUUUAGAUUUUGAUGAGCUACCAGAUUGUCUAGUUAUGAGUAGGUGGUCGAAGAAAGCGAAGGACGCAAUUCGUGGAAGUUACACAGAUGGGUCUUUUUAUUGGGAUUCUCAGCUGGUUGCUAAACAAGCAAAUUUGCACUUUCUUUGUAAGGAAAUUGUGGAGGUAGCACAUCGUGAUGAUGGAGACUACAAUUAUCUCGUUGAGUUGCUGACGCGAGAACUUAACAAUUUGAAACUGAAGCAUCGGGAUGUAACUGUUGGUGAAAAUGUAGAGUCUGAAACAGUUGACGAAGUCAUAUAUGACCCUGAAAUCAUUAGAACAAAGGGAUGUGGACCAAGUACAACCAGUGGAACAGAGAAGAUUAAGCGUAGCUGCAAAGGGUGCGGUGUACCUGGGCAUAAUAGAAGAAGCUGCAAAACGUGUUAUACAACUUAUAAUAAACAAAAAUUUCAUUUCACUAUAUUUGUUACAAUGUAUAAGUUACAUCAAGUUACACUUUAA